UUCUGUUCCCACUUCCUUCCCUCUCCUUUUACCUACAGGAACCCAGAAAAACCUCCAGAGAUGCUGCUGCUGCUGCUGCUGCGGUUCCUGGCCCUGCUGUGGGCAGGGUCUGUGGCUGAGAGUCCAGGAUUCCUGCUGUCUGUGCAGAAGUCUGUGACGGUGCAGGAGGCCCUGUGUGUCUCUGUGCCCUGCACCUUCUCCUACCCCCAGGAUGGCUGGAUCAAGUCUACCCCAGCUUACGGCUACUGGUUCCGGGAAGGAGCCAACACAGACCGGGAUCCUCCUGUGGCCACAAACAACCCCAAUCAUAGUGCACAACAGGAGACCCAAGGCCGAUUCCACCUCAUCAGGAAUCCUCAGACCGGCGACUGCUCCCUGCUCAUCAGAGACACACAGAGAGGGGACACUGGGACAUACGUUUUCAGAGUAGAGCGAGGGCCCUAUCUGAAACAUGAUUACACACAUAACCAGAUCUCUGUUCAUGUGACAGAUAAGAAACAGGGACAAGAUCUGGUGCCUGACAUCCACAUCCAGGGAACCCUCAAAUCUGGCCAACCCAAAAACAUUACCUGUGCAUUGUCAUGGACCUGUGACAGAGGGACACCCAUCUUCUCCUGGAUGGGGGCCAACUGCACUCCCCUGGGUACCAGCACUUCCAACUACUCAGUGGUCACCCUCACACCAGGGCCCCAGCACCAUGGCACCAACCUCACCUGUCAGGUGGCCUUGGGGGGUGGUAAGAUUGAGAACACCAUCAAGCUCAACAUGACCUAUACUCCAUGGACUCUGACCAAACGCAUGUUCCAGGAAAAUAGCACAGGUGUUUCUGGUACCUCCCACCAAGUCUGUGGGGAGCAGCAGGGCUCCUGGCCCCUGGUCAUCACCCAGAUCAGAGGGGCUGUCAUGGGAGCUGGCUUCCUUCUCACCUAUGGCCUCACCUGGCUCCACUACACCAAGUUUAAAGGCUCCCUAGUGGAAGAAGCUGCAAGGGGAGCCUGAGCCCUGUUCUGGAGGUGGUGUGGGGGUCUGGGCUCCAGAGCCUUAGCCGGUGGGGAAGGAUCGAUCUCACCAUUGUGUCCCAUUCAGAAAUCACCCUUCACCUCUGGUUCCCUGGACUCUUUCUGGUAGCUCCAUUUCAGUGGAUGGAGGGCCAGUGGGAGCUGGAUAAAGAUGUCAGUAUUAAUUUGAAUUUCUUAG